GAGAAGUGCUGGAGGAGAGGAGGAGGGCACAAAGGCUGUGCCGACAUGUCCCAUCACUGCUCGCUCACAGCAGAAAACCUUUUCACCUGCCAGGAGCUAUCACUAGACAAGGCAACACUGGAUGUUUUUUGACCCUGAAAAUGAACUUUAGGAGGAUUUUCCUAGUCAAGUGCUUGCUGCUUUUAUUUCCCACUGUAAAAUGCUCCAGCACCAGUUGGAUUUACAAGGCGGUGAACGAGACAGCUCUUCUCAGCAUCACUGCUCCUGGGAACAUCUACGAGGCAACAUGGAGGAGAGAGGGACAAAGGCUGGUUCAGAUCAAAGAUAACAAAGCUAGGCACUUUGUGAACAAGGAGCAGUGCAGGUGUGCCAUACUCCGGAACGGGACGCUGCAAAUCCAGCGCGUGGAGAAAGCAGACAGCGGAAACUACACGGUGAUGGUUUAUCAGAAGGAUGGAAAACUGAAGGCGGAAGAAAAUGUAAUAUUCUUUGUUCAGGAAUCUGUCCCUCAGCCAAUCCUCACCGCUGAAUGCAGGAAUAAAAGUGUAUCUGUCAAGUGUGAAGCAAAAGAGAAGGCCAAGAAUGAAGCAAAAGAGAAGGGCGAGGAUGAAACAUUUAUAAUAGAACUGACUCAACCCAAUGGCAAAAAAAUCCGAAAGAACGCAACACUGCUGGAAUGGCACGGGUGGAAUUCAGGGACGUUCCGAUGCGUUGCUAAGAACCAAGUCAGUGAAAAAAUGGCUGAAAAAGCAAUUAAAUGCUCAGGUAAGAUGGACUUUUAUCUCAUCUUAGGCAUAGCAGGAGGUGCAGUCUUCUUUGUCAUCUUUGUGAUUUGUCUUAUUUAUUGUAUCAGAAGGAAGAAAACAAAAAGGAAUGAAGUUUAUGAGGAGGAGCGAGUGAUGCAGACUCUGCCCAUGGAGCGUGAGAAUGGGAUGCGGGAGCUGCCUCAGCCUCCAUCCAGGCCCACCCCGAGGCAGCUGCGAGUGCAGCAGCGGCCGCUGCCCCCGCAGCCCCAGGAGCCCCAGCAGCCACGGCCCCAGCCACGGCCCCGCACGCAGCCACGGACUCCAAACCUCCCGAGACAAAGGCCCUGAGAGACAUCCUGGGAGGAUGGAUGCUGGUCUCUGCUCCACCAUUCACUGGGAAAAGAAAGUUCCUGACAGCCAGGAGCCCCUCCUGCCCAGCCCUGUGUAAUGCUCAGCUAUGAAAAGGCGGCUUUCAUUGCAGAAAAUUAGAGACAGCACCAAAUGGAGAUGAGGAGACUCAAAGUGAUGGGCAUUCAUCCCUGUGGCCAUUCUUCCAUGGGUGUCUUCAUGUUAGGAUAUGGAGCACUCAGCCCUGAAACUGUGUCUUUCUGUGGUUCAGUUGUUUUCACUGCACCUUGUUGUCUUCAUGCUUUUUGGAUGGUUUUCACCAAGAAGAAGCUAAAGCUCUACUGAGACAAAACAGACCUAUGGAUUUUACACAAUUUCAUCUCCUGCUACACAGUAGGACAGCUCUCUGGCUUCAGCAUCAAAUACAUGGCCUCCUGGAACAAAAAUUAGUUGUAUGUAAUUAAAUAUUUGUAAGAAGUUGAAAGGAUUUUUGUCAUAUAAUGCAGAGAAAAAAAAUAUUGAAAGGACGUGUGAGAACAUUGAAGGACCUGUGUCGGAAAAACACAAAUGAGAAAGGGAGAACUUUUUCCUUUUCUACAUUUCCCUUUCUUCACUGUGUUUAGAAAAGAAACUGUAGGCUUGAAUUGCAGCAGUUAGGUCAGUAUUUAUUUUUGUUUUUAAUGAAACACUGAGAGAGAUUUCUGGGAGAGGUUCUCCAGCAUUGGGGUUUCAAAGAGUGGGUGAGAAAACAUUCUGUGAAGCCUUUUUGUUCUGACAAGGGCCAGGAGAACAUGCUACACCGCCUCUUCAGGGACAAUUUAAACUCAGUCUUCUGUGACUUUUAGGCAAAUAAAGCAAACCUUUAUUCUCAGCAUAAGACUGUGUGGCUAUACAGACAAAUUUUCUUUUGCUUAGGAGAGAUCUAGUCUCCUUUGGCAUGUGGAACAAAGCAUUAUAAACUGCCAGCCAGUAGGAUUACUGGUGGCACUGUGUGAAUUGUCAGGGGUUCACAUCUCAGGGUCUCCUGCUGAGGGCGAAGGACUGUGUCUCUUGAUUUUGCUGGUAACACCUCAGGUAUAAUCAGGGGAUGGUGAGAGCUGCUGAGAGAUCUUCAUCCCCAAGGGAGAAGUUGGACUGCAGUAAGUGCACCUGCACCACCUUCCACGUGCUGGACGCUGCUUGCUCUUCUGGGCCUUGGGGUGUCCAUAAGUGCCUCUGCAGGACAGCUGAGGAGCUGAGAGCACAGGCAUGGUUUAGAGCAGUGUCUGCAUGGGUACACUGACCCAUCUGGGGUAAAAGGCAGGGCAGGUGAAGGAGGAGAGAGCUACAGGAGCCACAGAGCACGAGACAUCCAGCCAGCUAGCUGAUGUGUCAGGCAGAAGAGCACCCAAUGCCUCCUUCAGACUGGCAUAUCCCACAGCUGACAGGGGAUAUAAAACAGCCAUGCUUUGUUUCUCCUGAGAAAUAUGACUAUUUUUAUUUUCUGGUAUAAGGGCAAGGAGGCAACUUGUCAUGAAAAGGAAGCCUCUGCCUCCUCUAGAGUUCUGUCGCUUCACUUGAACUCUGACAGUGGGAACAGCCCUGGGAGUGCCACUUGCUCUCUUGCCUUCGCUUUCUGCAGCUGAUUUUUGGGCUUUUGCUGUUUAAAAUUGCAUUUGGUAAAUGUUUCAUGGUUUAUUUUGUAAAAUACCAUAUGCUAUACCCCUGUACUGAAUAAAUAAAGAGAAGACUGGGUGCAGAGGAUCUUA